AUGUCAAACGCCGCUCGGUCUACGCAGCACAAAAUGAAAGCGAAAACAUGACGAAGUGAAAAGACGACGGAGAUAAAAGGCAUGUUUACCUAUUCAAACUGAGAUAUUAAGGCGUUGAUAUAGUUCACUGAACCCAGGAAGGUUUUGGAUUCAAGCAGUUAAGCAAAUUACAGUCUGUUCAUAAUCUUAUGGCAGAGAAAUGGCACAUUUUGAAUAUGAGGAGCAGUUCAGCUGUCCUGUCUGUUUGGAUCUCCUGAACGAGCCGGUGACGAUUCCAUGUGGACACAGUUACUGUCUAAACUGUAUUGAUGACUACUGGAGUCAAACGGAUCAGGAGCCGCCAUACCGCUGUCCACAAUGCAGAGAGAGCUUCAGUCAAAAACCUUUACUGAAGAAAAACACACUUUUAGCUGAGAUGAUGGAGAAGCUGGAGAGGACAUCCCAUCAAACAGCAUCCAGCUCUCAGGAGGACUCUUGUGUGGACUGUGAUGUUUGCACUACAGAGAGGAAUCGAGCUGUAAUGUCGUGUCUGCAGUGUUUGGCCUCUUUCUGUGAAUCUCACCUGCAGCCUCACUAUCAGUCUCCUGCGUUUAUGAAACACAAACUGGUCAAAGCCACCACACAAGUUCAAGAAAACAUUUGCCUUCGUCAUGGAAAACUGAUGGAGAUUUACUGUCAGGAUGACAGCCGGUGCAUUUGUUACUUGUGCAUGAUUGACAAUCAUAAAGGCCACAGUGUGGUAUCUGUGGAGUCUGAAUGGACAAAUAACAAGAAAGUGUUGCAGAAAACCAAGGUGACUUGCACAAAGAGGAUUCAGGAGCGAGAGAGAGGUCAGCAGGAACUCAGUGAGGCUGUGCAGUCUUUUAAGAUUUCUGCUCAAGAGGCCAUGGAGAACACUGAGACUGUCUUUACUGAGCUCAUAAGCUUGCUUGAGAAGAAACGCUUUGAGGUUAAAGAGCUGAUCAGCGCUCAGGAGAAAGUGGAGAUGGGUCGAGCAGUCGAUUUUCACAGGCAGAUGGAUCAAGAGCUGACCGAACUAAGACAAACAGAAAAAGUGAUAGAGAAGCUUCUGAAUACAGAUGAUCAGGUCCAUUUUCUGAAGAUGUUUCAGUCUGUGUGUGUCAUUCCCGUACUUAAAGACCUUCCCAGCAUCACCUAUCAAGCUCUGUCAUUUAAAGACCUUUCAAUCUCAACACUCAAGGAGGUCUUAGAAGAUGUCUGUCUGCUGGAAACAGACAAAAUAUCUCGAGAAGUGUCGAAUGUCUAUGUCGUGCAGUCUCCACAACCUAGUAUUCGGAGUGAAUUUGUAAAAUAUUUCUGUCAACUGCACCUGGAUCCAAACACUGCACACAAUGAUCUGCUUCUGUCAGAAGGAAACAAGACAGCGUCUAAUAUCAAUAAAGUUCAUAAGUUCCCUGACCACCCCGAGCGGUUUGAUAGGUAUUGCCACGUCUUGUGUAAAGAGGAUUUGCGCGGUCGUUGUUACUGGGAAGUCGAAUGUCAUGGAGACAACUGGUCUGUGGCGGUUUCCUACAAAGGAAUUGGUCGUAAAGGAGCCGAUUAUGACUGUAGACUUGGCUUCAACAAAAAAUCGUGGAGAUUGGGAUAUGAUGGGGCAAAUUUUUGUUUUAUACACAAUAAAGUACAGGUGUGUGUCCCUUCUGCCUCUAGAAUAGGGGUCUUUCUGGAUCACACGGCAGGAACUUUGGCUUUCUACAAAGUCUCAGAUACAACAAUGUACAGACUGCACAGAGUCCAGACCCUUUUUACUGAACCACUUUAUCCUGCAUUUGGGAUCGCAGAAGGUUCAUCUGUCACGAUCGUAGAUAAGGGAAGAACUCAUUAGGAGUGGUAAUGAAGCUAAAAUGUAUUUCUGUUAUGUGGAGCCCUAAAUACUGUAUGUAAAGCAAUAUUUAGUAAUUCUAAUAAAAUUAAAAUAAUUUUUCUUUGCAUAUUAAAUCCAACCUGUUUUUU